UAUCUUUGCCUCGGGGCUGAUCUUGCGGCAAUGUCUACCAUUGUCUGUGCCAUCAGUGGCCAAGCCGCCCUGGAGCCGGUCUUCUCGCCGAAGACCAAACACGUUUACGAGAAAGGGCUCAUUGAGAAGCAGAUAGAGAGUUCAGGGAAGUGCCCCGUAACGAAGGAAGAGCUGACGAAGGAUGACCUGGUCGACAUCAAGAGCAACAAGUCCGUGCGGCCGCGACCCGCAACGGCCACAUCCAUUCCGGGGAUGUUGACUUUGCUGCAAAGCGAAUGGGAUGCCCUGAUGUCAGAGACCUUCGAGCUGAAAUCACAGCUUGACACAUCUAGAAAGCAGCUCUCGCAUGCGCUGUACCAGCACGAUGCCGCGUGUCGUGUGAUUGCUCGCCUCAUUCGUGAGAGAGAUAUGGUGAAGGCUCAGAACCAGCAGCUGCAGGAGCAGCUGUCCAACUCAGCCCCGUUGCCCAACGGCGCAAUGCGGGAGGAAGCCGAAACCGGCAUCACGCCUGAGAUACUUCAGAAGAUGAAGGAACUGGCAGAUAGUUUGUCCAAGACUCGAAAGCAGAAGCACUUCCCAGAUCUGAACCCUUUAGCAGAUAUCAAGAAGUUCAAGUGCGUGGGCACUCAUCCAAUCCAUAAGUCCACAGAGCCUGGGAUUCUCUGUGUGGAUGUGCACAAGACGGAGGGCAAUCGUGUUGUGACAGGAGGUGUCGAUGCACAGGUGGUGCUUUUUGAUGCUGAAAAGGGAUCUCUGGUGCAGAAGUUGACCGGCCAUGCGAAGAAGGUUACCUCAGUGAGUCUCCAUGCCACCAAGGAGAUCAUUGUCUCAGGCUCGCAGGAUGCAACUGCCAAGGUUUGGACCUGCACCGGUCCGGACUGGACGGCAGCGUAUACCUGUGCUCAUACCGUUAAAAAACAUCAGGCAGAGGUGUCUGAGAUUUCCAUCCAUCCACUUGGUGACUACUUCCUGACCUGCGCCAUGGACAAUUCUUGGGCCAUGCACGAUCUCAAUGUGGGACGUUGCGUAAAGCAUCUGCGGGGUCUAGAGACCAGCUAUCCGUGCAUGAAGUGGCAUCCAGAUGGUAUGAUCCUGGCUGCUGGCGCACAGGGCCACGCCGUGGAUGUUUGGGAUAUCAAGGAGCAGAAGGUCGUGGCAACCCUCUUGGGACAUCAGGGCUCUGUGGAGGCUUUGAGCUUUUCCGGCAAUGGCUACUACUUGGCCACGGGGUCCAAGGAUGGCACAGUGAAGUUGUGGGAUUUGCGAAAGCCGCUGAACAUCCAGACGCUGCAGCUUGAGAGUCCUGUCAACGCCGUGGCCUUCGACACUACAGGUCAAUACCUUUCGGUUGGUGCUGACACCGUUCAGAUCUACAACUUCGCCUCCAAAGCGAGCAUGGCCGAGGCGGUGACUCUGAAGGACCAUGGAGAUAGCGUGAUGGGGGUUUGCUUCAGCCAGCACGCUCGAUCACUGGCAACUGUGUCCAUGGAUCGAACCUUGAAGAUCUACCGCUGAGCCGAUCUGCAAAGCCUCGGCUUCACUGACCACAAAUCACUGUCACAAGCCUUGGAAACCAGGGAACAUCAGGGAACAUCAGGGAACAUCAGGGAACAUCAGGGAACAUCAGGGAACAAUGGAGCUUUUUCCAAUCCAUUUUCAACAAAAACAUCAAAAACUCUUCGGCAGCUCGCUGCCAGGAGUGUGCCGAUGUGGGGCCAGGCCUGACGUUAUGAUGCCGUGGGCGGAGAAAUUGGCACACUAAUGAGAUGAGAUGCAAGCGCAAAAAGAUGCCAACAGGGUGCUGUGUCAGGGCAGCCGAAAAAGCUA